UUCAAGUGCAACACCUUCAUGGGAAUAUGGGAGAGUAGGAUGUAUGAAAUUUCUGCCAACUUCAGUUCAGGAUGGAUAGAGCAGAUUGGAUUUCAAUCUGUGAAAUUCCUCUUAACCAGCACAGCUAGUCUGGAGUAUGACAAAAACCAGUACAUCUACUUUUCAGCGUGGACGAAAAAUAAUCCUCCUGUCCACAAGAUUGAGGAAGAGAUAAAAGUGUAUUCUGAACCAGAUUACAUUAAAGAGAUAAUUGGUGGAUACAUUGGAGGUUUGGCUGUUACUGCUUUAUUCACUGUUUGCCUGUACAAGGCUGGAUAUUUCAAGAGUGAUUACAAAGAGAUGAUAAAACAAAAUCAGGAAGAAGCAGAGGGUCCAGGUACGGAUGGAGGUGCAACCACAACUGAAUAAGAAAAUAUUAAUUCACUUUACUUUCCUCAGCCACCAGACCUUGUAUUGCAGAUUUAUUUAUUUUUUUUAGCUUUGUAGAAUUAGUGACGCCCAUAUACUUGACUGACUAAAGAAAAAACAGUUUACUGUGUCUGACAUCAUUCCCUCAUUUACGCAUUUUCUACUGAAUGAUGAGGUUCACAGUCAGAACUCAAAAGGAGGCCACACAAUAACCUGAAGACAUCAAAGUUUAACUUAUUUUUUCUUUAAGGAAAUAUCAUAUGUAGUCCUUUAGACUUAUAGUUUUUUAGGGUCUGUCUGAGCAGGAAAAUACAAUUGUUAAUUAACUAUUUAGAUCACACAGGUACCUGAAGGCAAAAUAUCACAAGUGGACACGGGUCUCUAGAAAUCAUAUAGAAAAAUAGAAAUCAUCAGGAAUUCUGAUGUAUUAUUCUUAUAAUUUGGAUCCCUAAAUGAAAUAGACUGAAGGUUUAAUGUAUAUGAGAAGAUGGAGUGAUUAUGUCCUGUGAAGUAUUAUAGUGGGAAAUGUAAAAUAGUUUAUCAAGAAU